CUCUUGCUCAUCCAUCUUGCCCUCCCACCAAGCAUAACUUUAUCGAUACCCGGUGGCCAACCCGCUAAUUUAUUUUUAUCCCUUUCACCACAUUCAAAAUGUCUAACCUUCCCUCUGAGCCCGAGUUCGAGCAGGCCUACAAGGAGUUGGCCUACACUCUCGAGAACUCCUCCCUUUUCCAGAAGCACCCCGAGUACCGCACCGCCCUCACCGUUGCCUCCAUCCCCGAGCGUGUCAUUCAGUUCCGUGUUGUCUGGGAGGACGACAACGGCAACGUCCAGGUCAACCGCGGUUACCGUGUCCAGUUCAACUCCGCCCUCGGUCCCUACAAGGGUGGUCUCCGUCUCCAUCCCUCCGUCAACCUUUCCAUUCUCAAGUUCCUCGGUUUCGAGCAGAUCUUCAAGAAUGCCCUUACUGGCCUGAGCAUGGGUGGUGGCAAGGGUGGUGCCGACUUCGACCCCAAGGGCAAGAGCGACGCUGAGAUCCGUCGCUUCUGCUGCGCUUUCAUGGCCGAGCUUCACAAGCACAUUGGUGCCGAUACCGAUGUCCCCGCUGGUGAUAUCGGUGUUGGUGGCCGCGAGAUCGGCUACAUGUUCGGUGCCUACCGCAAGGCCGCGAACCGUUUCGAGGGUGUCCUUACUGGCAAGGGCCUCUCCUGGGGUGGUUCGCUCAUUCGCCCUGAGGCCACUGGUUACGGUCUCGUCUACUACGUCGGCCACAUGCUCGAGUACUCUGGCGCUGGCUCCUACGCUGGCAAGCGCGUUGCCCUCUCCGGUUCUGGCAACGUCGCCCAGUACGCCGCCCUCAAGCUCAUUGAGCUAGGCGCCACCGUUGUCUCCCUCUCCGACUCCAAGGGUGCCCUUGUCGCCACUGGCGAGUCCGGCAUCACUGUUGAGGACAUCAACGCCAUCAUGGCCAUCAAGGAGGCCCGUCAGUCUCUUACCACCUUCCAGCACGCUGGCCACGUCAAGUGGAUCGAGGGCGCCCGCCCCUGGCUUCACGUUGGCAAGGUUGACAUCGCUUUUCCUUGCGCUACCCAGAACGAGGUCUCCAAGGAGGAGGCUGAGGGUCUCCUUGCCGCCGGCUGCAAGUUCGUCGCCGAGGGUUCCAACAUGGGCUGCACUCUCGAGGCCAUCGAGGUCUUUGAGAACAACCGCAAGGAGAAGAAGGGCGAGGCCGUCUGGUACGCCCCCGGCAAGGCCGCCAACUGUGGUGGUGUUGCCGUUUCCGGUCUCGAGAUGGCUCAGAACAGCCAGCGCCUCAACUGGACUCAGGCUGAGGUUGACGAGAAGCUCAAGGACAUCAUGAAGAACGCCUUCUUCAACGGUCUCAACACUGCCAAGACCUACGUCGAGGCUGCUGAGGGCGAGCUUCCUUCCCUCGUUGCCGGCUCCAACAUUGCUGGUUUCGUCAAGGUUGCCCAGGCCAUGCACGACCAGGGUGACUGGUGGUCCAAGAACUAAACGGUCUCUUUUGACCGUUUAAUGAGAAUGGAAGGGGGAAAAAAAAGGAAGUCUUUAUGAUGGGAACUGAGCAAUGAAAAUCACGGGCCGGAGUUGGGGUUUGCCAUGCUAUCUUACCGAGCAGGCUUGGGUUUUUUUUGGCGUUUGAGUUUAUUUUAGAUGGAGGCGGGUUUGAUGACUUUCCAUGUACAUAUACCAUUGGUGAAUUCAUAUCCUACCUGUCGAUUCACACAAAGCUUGACUUUCUUG